GGAGGAAAAACGGGUUAUGUCAAUUGCCGCACGCUGCGCGAUGACAGUGGGCGGGGCUUGUUACGUCAGCGUCGCCGAGUGGGCGUGGAGGAGGAGGCGCGCACCGCCCGAGGCGCACUCGCGCUUGCCGGGGUGGCCCACAUCGGCGUCAAGCGGCGCAGCACGCGCGCGGGUCUGGUGGCGGGUGCGAGCGGCGGCUAGAUGCUCGCUGGACAAUGUGAGAAGGGUGGCCUUUCGCGCGCGCGCGUGUGUGAGAGAGAGGUGUGCGCGCGCACUCCAAUGGUGCUCCACGCGUAGGAUGGGAGUAACUCCGCACGGCGCACACGUCGCGCUGCUCCUCGCUCUUCACUUAGCCCCUCUGCUCCAGGCUGCGGGAGCCUCGCCGACAUGUGACUCCGUGUUCAAAGGUUUCUCCGACUGCCUGCUCGUGCUGGGGGAGAACAUGGUCAGCUACCGGGAGCGCGCGCACCGCGGCCAGGACCUGCGCACGGUCUGCGCGUACUGGGAGGACUUCCACGCGUGCGCGCACACGGCCAUCGCGGACUGCGAGGAGGGCGCGGCCGAGCUGUGGGAGAAGCUGAAGCGGGACUCCAGAAAGCUCGAGCUCAGCGGGAACUUGUUCGAGCUGUGCGCGGGAGAGAGCGGCGCGUCCACGCCGGGGCUCGCGCUCCUUCUGCCGCUCGUCUCCGCGCUUCUGGCAGCAUGGCUUACAUUAUAACAGAAAGGAAAAAAAAAGAGGGAAGAGGAAACAAAAAAUAAAAAUAAUAAUUAAUUAAUUAAAAAAAAAAAAAACCCGAACGGAUUUAUACACGGAAUUGAGGUAAAAGCGCAAGUCAGAAGUGAUCAGAAGUGAUCAGAAGUGAGCGCCACCUGCUUCGCCUGGACUCACCUGAGGAAAGCGGCGCGUGAGCGCGCCGCGUGGGCCCACCUGCCCCCGAUCCGUGAGCGCUGAGGAGAAAGCUUCACCUUCACCAUGGCUUAACCGAUCGGAGCCGAAAAACAUUCACUAAAGUACCUAUAAACCUCUUCGAUAUCAAUUCCGUCAUAGACACACGUGAGAAAUGACGACAUUGCAAAAUGACGACACUGGGAGAAAUAUGACGACACUGAUGAAGCCUAAAUCAAACACUGGACUGGAAACAAGAGGCUGCAUUCUCUGCUCCUUCCUUAUUUCCACUUGUCAUUUUCUUAGUGUUCUGAUUUGCUGCCUGUUUUUUCGCUAAAAAAAAAAAGAAGGGUAAUGUGUUCUUUCUACUUUUAUAAGGUAUAGUCGUCCUCAGAAAUACAGAAGCGAGAUGCAAAAUAAGAGGAAAGAAAAAGAAGGGAAAAUAUCAUUAUGGGUUUACACCAUUUAAGCCGGACUUCGCAAGGAUGUGGACAGUUGCUGGAGGAAAACAAUGAAUGGGACACCAAAAACAUGCAAUGUCCAACUUUUAAAAAUAAUUACUUAAUAGAAAAAAAAAGACAUUUUAAAAAUCCAAAGGGGUAGUAUAGUACAUGUUAUGUUUCCACCUAUAUGAUCGGAAAUCCAUCGUUGCAUUUGUUUAAAUGCUGAACACAAAUACUCCUAAAGGCUGUAAAUGAGUCAACUAGAUUAAAUUACAUUUCCACGUUUUAUUUCUCGUUUCCAGAGCACAGAGCACCUGUUGCUGCCUUUAAAAGUAUAGCCUGUUUUAUUAUAAUUGGUUUUGGAGGAGUGACCCUGCUCAGGACAAGUGGUUACUGAAAUUGGAUGGAUGGUUGGAUGCUUUUGGAGGAUGUUGCAUAUGUAAUAUUACAAAUUCACAGGUGAAAAUAAGGACUGUGAAAUUAUUAUUUUUUUGGGAGAAUAGUUUAAAACAGAUG